UUGAUCACGUGACUCGGAAGCCAUUUUGGAGUUGAUUUGUCACUUGCCUACAUUGUAAGAAAGUUCAACUUUUCCUCUUUUCUUCAGAUAAUUGUGGAUUGGCGAUGGCUUUUAUCAAACGAAGAUGAGUGUUUCACUGUUGUGUCAUGAGUUUUAAAGCUACCAAGGACUCUGAAUGCAUACUGCAUGUUACAAAUUUGCACCUUGUCACAAGGGACAAAGCACAUCUUACUGAUUACAGUUCAUAGUCUUGAGAAGACAUGGCAUUGCGCAUGAAAGGACGAAGUGGUUGUCCAUCAGACCAACUGGAAUAUGACAUAUUUUGGACAGAAUAUAGGGCCAUUGAGGAGAGUCGGAUUCCAGUAGCUGACGAGGAUCAUGAUGAUGAACACACUAAAGAACCUCAAGGAGAAUGUGAACAGGAACUACAGUGGCUCAAAGAAGCUGGAUUUGAUACCAUUGUAAAGAAAUAUAGAGAUAGCAAAGAAAUUGAUCAUAAUGAUGUAGAUUUUGAGAAGAUCACUGGUUCCCUUACAAGGAAACAAGCAGAAGCUGUCAGAAAAAGAAUAGACACCUUAAACCAAAGUACCAAGAGAAAGUUAGGUGUGUGUGUGGCCCAGCCAGCCAAACAUUCCGACAGUAACUAUCCAACAGAUGUGAGAACAAUUUUUCCAGUAAAAACUUGCGGGCAGCCCAGUAAUGUAGAGCAGAUACCCACCACAUCAAGGCCAUCACUGCUCAGAAAGUCUUACAGUGAAGGAAUACAUGUGCAGAAGUCACAAUCAUUUAAGAAUGGAGCAAGGGACAAUGAAUUUGCACAAACCACAUCGAGGCUUUCGCAUUCAGCUGGCAUGCUUUCAUUUCCAACAGUGGGUAAAGAGUUAACAGGGCUUCAUUUGCAUCCAGGACAUGCAGUGGUUCCUGAGAGAAGAUCUAGCGAUGAAUCUCGCUAUCGAAAAGGAUUCCAGCAAGUAAAGCAUCCCCAUGGGGGAUCUGUAUUUUAUUUGACUGGAACAACAAAACAAGAGCUGUUCCACACUGCCGAAAAAACCAAAGAGUCGUGCGUGGAUGAGAUAAUUAAUGCUGAUCUUAAAGGUCUAAGUGUAUCACCACCUGAUUCCAGCCCAGACUGUUUUCAUGAGGUUCCUGUUGACUGUCCUGAGGAGAUUCCAGUCGAUGUUCCUCCAGACAGGGUUCAUGGAAAACCAAAUGGGAAAAUAAUCUGCAAUGAGAAGCCUUUCAGGGAACCACAAUUUCCACGAUUACCAAACUUUACACUCACAAAAGAUGAACUGGGUGUGACAAGUGUAGGAGAUAUCUCCUUACAGGAUAUGGAAAAAGUGCGGUCCCUGUCACUCAUAGAACUCACAGCACUGUUUGAUUCCCACGGACUGGCCCUUCACAGACGGAAGCCAGUCAGGAGAAGAGUUAGAGAAUCAGGAAUCUUUGGGGUGCCACUACAGAAUCUACUUCAAGAGGACAAAUUGAAGAAUGAGAAAGUAGUAGUUCCUUCCUUUUUUACUGAGCUCAUUAGACAAUUGGAGUCAAGAGGGCUAAAGGAAGAGGGAAUCUUGAGAGUUCCUGGAAAUUCAGGAAGAGUUAAGGCACUAAGGGAAGAAGUGGAGGAAAAGUUCAAUGAUGGGUACUUUACAUGGGAUGACAGAAGACCUCAUGAUUGUGCAGCUUUGCUUAAACAGUUCUUGAGGGAACUUCCUUUUCCUCUUUUAACUCAAGAAUAUCAACCAACAUUUGCAUCAGUAGAAAGUAUACCAGAUAGAAAACAACAGCUUCAGGCAUUGAAUCUGCUGAUUAUGUUGUUGCCUGCAGUUCAUCGGGACUGUCUAAAAAUCCUCGUUCACUUCCUAAGUGGAGUUGUUGCCCAAGAAAAACAUAACAAAAUGGGUUUAAACAGUGUGGCUAUGAUUGUAGCUCCAAAUCUGUUCAUUUGUUCAAACAAGUCUCAGCCAUCUUUACAAGAAAUCAAACAAGCUCAAGGCACUGUCAACAUUGUCAGAAUGUUGAUCAAGUAUCAAGCAAUUCUAUGGACAAUUCCUGGAUUCAUGGUGAUGCAGGUUCGUUAUCUCUACGAAGCUGAAGGGAACAAGAAAGCCAAAGAUGCUAAGGCGGUCAAGAAGUUAUUAGCUAAACGUGCACGAAGUGAGGGAAUGGGUGGAUCUCCUCAGAAGAAACACUCAACUGGAGGAGACUCUCCUCUUGUCUCUAUGGAUUCUGAUCAUGAAAACAACAUCAUAAGAGUGCAGGCACCAAUGCUGAACAAAGUUCUCAUGGCAAUUCAGCUGACUGAGUUCAUGCGUGCUGGUGACAUUGUCUCCAAGUUCCGUCGGCGAGCAUCUCCAUCAGAAAGCCCAGAUAAAAGCUCCAAAUUUUUAGAAUCAUCAUCCAGCAGUUCUUAUCGCAAUUGUGUCAACCCUCAUAACAACAACAGAUAUGCGUCUGAUAACUUUUUUCUCUAUGAGGCCGGCGGGAACAUUGGUGAGCGCUGCCUUGAUAAUGAUACUAAUAUGAUGGCCUUACUGAAAGUCAACCCGCAUGCAGAGUGGAUUGUUAAACCUCGUGAUUAUUACCUUAACCUGUAGAAAAGCUAGCAAAAAGUUUUAUUCCUUGUUAGAUUUACAGAAUUGUUGUAUAGAAAGUGUCUAGCAAGUAAUGUAUAAUCAAAUUAUCUUGCCGGAUCAUUUGCAUUUAUAUUUUUAUUAGUCUGAAAUAUUUUGCGGAAAAUUCUAAUAUUUCUGCUGGUGGAAAGUUAAUUAUUAGAACUUGACAAAAUUAUUACAUAAGUUGUUUAAUCAAUUGAAUACACUAGUGUUACUAAUUUAUUCAAAUGAGAGUGAGAGAGAAAACGUCAUAAUCAGUUUAAAAAAAAAAUGAUUGUUCCAUUCUAAGGCAUUAUGCUUAUUUAUUUUAAUGAUUUAUAAUGAAUUAACGGAAAGGAAAACAGUGAUGUAAUAUAUACCGUAGUUGAGUCUAUCUUUUAACGUUCUAAUAAGUUAAUUAUUUAUAAGGAGAGCAGUCAUCUGUUUUAAAAAGAUGUUCUUGGUAAUAGUCGGCUUGUUUGCUCUCAUUUUUCAAACAAAAGUUAACAAGUUUUGUACCGUUCACCAAAGUUAGAAUCAUUUUUGAAAUGUUAAAAAUUUGUACUCUCCAAGUGAA